ACACUCGUACACGCACACAUGCGCUCGCGCACACACGCGCUCCCUGCUGCCUUUCACAUGAUCUGAAGUGGUAGAGAGAGAAAAAGAGAGAGAGACGCAGAAACGAUGGCUGUGUGGGACCAUGGUCCUUCUAUCAUGCGCUUUUUUGCCACUGUUACCAUCUGGGCAACACUCAACCACUGCUCUAAUGGAAUUCUCUGGACACAAGAAAAGUUACAGCACCAAGCUGUCACUCUUACACCCAGUGAGAUCCAGACGGCCUUGACACACACAGACCUGACCAAAAUGUGGCAAAGGGACCUAAGGCCAUUGCUUGUUACCAGGUAUCCAGGCUCCCCGGGCAGCAGAGCGGUGCAGCAGCAUAUUAAAGCAACCCUGGGUUCCCUUGGAGCAGGUUGGGAAGUAACGGAGGAUACGUUCACGUCACAGACACCUUACGGCCCAUUACCCUUCACCAACAUCAUUGCCACCCUCAACCCAUCAGCUAAGCGCCGCCUGGUUCUAGCCUGUCACUACGACUCCAAGUAUUACCACCAACAGGUGUUUCUGGGAGCCACCGAUUCUGCUGUGCCAUGCGCCAUGAUGCUUGAGCUGGCACGAGCCCUCAAUGAAGAGCUAAAAACUCAAAAGGCUUCUUCCCCCAACCUGACCUUGCAAUUGAUUUUCUUCGAUGGAGAGGAAGCUUUCAACCACUGGACCGCUCUAGACUCUUUGUAUGGCUCUCGUCACUUAGCACAGAAGAUGCAAAACACCCCGCAUCCUCCAGGAGAAACAGACACCAAUCAACUGGAUGGGAUAGAUCUUUUUCUGUUGUUGGACCUGAUUGGGGCCCCAAGUCCACGCUUUGGUAACCAGUUCCAAACCACAACGUACUGGCUGUCCCGGUUGCAGAACAUAGAAAAACGUCUACACUCAAUGAAUCAACUCCAAAAUCAUCCCGAUGAAGAGGAAUAUUUCUGGCCAGAUCGACCUAUUGGCCGUAUUGAAGAUGAUCAUAUACCAUUCCUGAACAGAGGUGUACGCGUCCUCCAUCUCAUUCCCUCCCCUUUCCCCGCCGUGUGGCACACAUUUGAUGACAAUGAGCAGAACCUGGACCGAUCCACCAUUGAAAACCUCAACAAGAUUUUACAGAUCUUUGUCCUCGAGUACCUUAACGCCCGACCUGCCAAUACCAUAAACACAAUGACAAACAUGUAAUUUUACCUUAUAUGUAUAUUGCUAAUGUAUUUACCUAUUACUUGAGACACAAUGUUGAUAUUUAACCCCUGAUUCCAGGAACAGGUGCAUUUUGUUCACAAAUGUAGAUGUUAACUCACAUAUUGUAUGUAAAAGGUAUAGAUCAUGCAUUUAAGGCUCAAUUUGAAUUUAAAUUAAUAAAGUACUUUUUAGACACACGCUUGAAUUUGAUUCUGCAGCUUUAGUCUUUUGACAUGUGCACCAGGUCGUGUAUUAUAACUACGGAUUAUGUGACAUUCUGUCUUCUACAGUUAGUCUGUUCAAUGUUUAUAGAAUAAAUCAUUCAUGGGGAGGAUGUAAACUUACAGUAUUUGUAUUGUAACAAGGUAAAGAGCCCUUCAUAUCCUGUCUUCCUAGAUAGCAAAAGGAAUAACAUCCUGUGCUGGUGUACCUCAUUUGCCUGCCAUUAUUUGUCUCUGUGAUUAUUUAGCCAGUCUUAAUAUAAUGGAUAAUGUCAUGCAUGUACUUUCUGGAUCAUGAGUCAGAAAUAAAUGUUGCAUUACAAUACAAGGAA